AUGGUCAAAAAUAUCACGGAAAAAGGCUCACUAUCAAAGCCACUUAUAGUUUAUAAUCGUACAGAGUCCCGAGCUAUCGAUCUUGCAAAGACGCUGUCCCAGCAAAUCAUCCCAGUCUCAACAGUCAAAGAAGCAGUUGAAAAGUCUACAAUAAUAUUCAUCUGCCUGGGCGACGAUGCUGCUGUCGAAAGCACAGUUGAUGCUGUAUUGAAAUCUACAGACGUGGCAGGUAAAUUAUUCGUGGACUGCUCUACCAUCCACCCAGACACAACUCGUCGUCUGGCACAGCUCCUCGAAUCCUCAGGCGCAUCCUUCGCUGCUUGCCCUGUCUUCGGCACCCCGUUGAUGGCAGACGCUGGGAAGUUACUAUGUGUUCUUGCCGGACGCAAAGAAUGUGUUGACCGCGUCACACCAUAUUGCACCGGUGUGAUGGGACAUGCCGUAAUCGAUCUAUCGACCAAGUCAGAGAAUCCUGGAAUGGCUUCUAUGCUAAAAGUGAUGGGAAACACUAUGAUAUCUCAAAUGGUUUCUGCCAUCUCUGAAAGUCUGGUCGUCGCUGAAAAGUCCGGACUGGGCGUCGAUGCGUUGCACAGCUUCCUUGAGGUGAUCUUCCCGGGACCAUACGUGGAUUGCUCCAAGAGGAUGAUAUCUGGAGAUUACCACCAGCGUAAGGAACCACUUUUCGCAGUUGACCUUGCCAGGAAGGACGCAAGACAUGCAAUGGAGAUGGCGAAGGCGGUGGAUGCUAGGAUGAAAGGGGUGGAGAGGGUGGAUGAAAUGUUACAGGCUGUCAAGUCGCAUUCAGGCGAGAAGGGAGACCUUACUUGUAUCUACGGCGUCGCAAGAGAAGCGGCGGGGAUGAAGUUUGAGAAUAAUUAA